AUGACCGUCAUCACAGUCGACAUCAUCUUUGACUUUGUCUGUGCUUGGUGCUACAUUGGCAAAAGACAGCUUGAAAUGGCCAUCUCUCUCUACCAAAAGACAUACCCAGGUGGAAAGUCUGAUAUCUUCGCCAUUAACUGGCGACCUUACUACCUCAACUACGGCCCCUCAACUCACAGCGUCGACAAGUCCGAAGUGGCCGAUGUGAAGCUCGCCGACAUGACUACAGAGCAAAGAGAGAAGCUAUACCGACGGAUGAACCAGAUCGGACGCAGCGUUGGCAUCAAUUUCAAAAGCGGUGGAAAAGUCGGUGACACUCGGUUCGCGCAUUCACUAGCACACCUCGCCAGCACAAAGGAGCCUGAAGUUCUAAAUGCUGUCGUUGAGAGAAUCUUCCAGGCCUAUCAUGAGUUGGAAAAGGACAUUUCAACCAAAGAGGUGCUUCGAGAGAUUGCCAUUAACUCGGCUAUUGCUGCUGGUGAGGUUGACGAGUGGUUGGAUUCUGAGGAGCAGGUCAAGGCCGUGGAUGAUCAAGCUGAAAAGAACAAGGAGUUUCUAGCUGGGACUGGUGUUCCAAACUAUACGGUUCAAGGAGAGAGGCUUGAUGGACAACCCGACGCUGAAGACUUUAUGGAGGCUUUCAUCAAGGCCAAGGGUGAGAACUAG